UUAAGAAAGGUUAGGGUUAAUUUGCGCCGAUAAAUCCUUGUUCGACGCCCUAUCCGACAAAACAAUGGAAACGAACUGACCACAGUGCACGGAGCAACUAAUAUACCAGCUAAAGGACACUUAAUGUGAUCAUCUUUAUUUCAUUGAAAACAUGGAUAUCGGACAGCCGUUGAGCUCUGCCUGUAACGUGACCGAAGAAAUACAGCUUGAUGUAGGACUGCUCGUGAAAGAAGAAGAUAUAAAAGAGGAGGAAUAUGGUGAUAUGAUUUCAUACCAACAUGGAGAAGAAGAAAAGCCCUUUGCAGAGCUUCGCUGCCAACCUGAAACAGAUGAAAAACCGACAGCAGCGGAGGUUGAAGUGAAGAUUGAAGAAGAUGAUGCACAACCGCACGAUAAUCUGCUGGGAAGGAAGUGUGCAGACUCGAAUGACAGCCAUACGCAAGAGAAUGGUGACGUGUCGUUAUCCGCAUCGCAAGAUGGCUCCCUUGCUCUUGGGCGAAAGAGACGUCUAGAUGUGUGGGUGCAUUUUAAUUACGACGCAGUUCAACGGAACACUACAUGCAAUAUCGUGAGAGAAGACGGAGACUUGCCUUGUGGAUUUAAAUUAAGUGGAAAGAACACCACCAACUUGAAAAGGCACCUGAAGCUACAUCAUCCUGAUCUUUUUGCCACGAUCCCAGAGAAGACUCCUCAAAAAGAACAACCUAGUGGAAAACGGACACAGUCCCCAAUCACUACGACAUUCUCCUCAGCAUCUAAAUCCAAACCCAGUUCGUCGGAACAAGACGCCAAAGAAAAGGCGAUCGCUCGGUGGGUUGGACGCUGCGGUCUACCUGCCCGUAUAGUUGAGGAUGAAGAUUUCGUCCAUAUGCUGGAGGCCAUGGACAAGAGGAUUACCGUACCCACGAAAACAAGAAUUGACAACUUGAUCGAAAAAGUGUACAGCGAUGAGAAAGGGAAGCUUAAAGAGCAGCUGGCGUCGGUGCAAUGGAUAACUAUAGGACUGGCUAUGUGGGCCAAGAGAGGCCUUACGGGUUCAUUUCUUGCCAUUAGUGCAUGCUACUUUUGCACGGAGGAUAACAAAGCAAGGCACGUAUUGCUACGAGUCGACCAGAUCUCCCGCCCCCACACUGCAGAGUGUGUAAAGACCUGUGUGUACCGAUGUGCCGAGGAUUGGGGAAUAUCAAAGCACAAGAUUUUAACAGUCAUAAGCGAUAACGGAAGCAACAUGAUUGCAGCAUUUCAAAAUGGACAAGGUGACCCCAACAGCUCUGACGAAUCAGAGGAGAGUGAUGAAGACUCUGGGAUUAUCGACGAACAGAGGUUCGGCGCCAUGGAGACGACUCCCUGUGUUGUACACACACUGCAGCUUGUCGUAAACACGAUACACAAGGAAGCCAGUAUCAGACGACUCCUUGACAAGGUUCGCGUCCUGGUCAGGCUUUUCCACAAGUCGUCUGUGGCAACCGAUCACCUGCUUCAUCUGUGUGGACUCACUCUGAUCAAAGACUGCCCGACCAGAUGGCCUAGCACAUACCUGGCGAUCUCGCGUUUGCUCCAAGUGAAAAACUCGCUUGUUCAGGUAGCUGACGGGAUGGGCUGGGACUGUCCAGUGCCAAGUGAGUGGCAGAGGCUGACUGCCCUCAGAAAUCUGCUCGUCCCCUUCGUGGAGCACGCGCAGAUGCUUCAGAGCGACACGAUGUCUCUGUCCUUGGUGGUGCCCGCUCUCCUAGACCUGAGCGCUCACCUGUCCGAGUUUCCCCGCACCGAGGCCUCUGGCCACGCGGACCUGGCUUCCUUGGCACAGACGAUGAAGAUCGACAUGGACCGGCGUUUCGGCCGCUUCCUCGAUCCCGGCGAUCCAAAGUUCUCGCCCCUCGCUGCGGCCGCGUGCUUCCUGGACCCGACGGUGUCUCCGGACGCGCUCACCGAAAAUCAGGACGGACAGAUUCAGGCGCUUUCGAGAAGAGCUGAAGACUACAUCGCCCAGACGGCGUCGCCACGCCAAGACGAGCGGUGCGACGACAACGAGGAAGGAGAGGAGAGCAGUACCGACGUAGAAGAGACGACAGCCAAGCGACCUCGGUUCAGAUUUCUGUUGAAAACUAGAGCUAGGCCGCCUAGACGCAGCCUCUCAAAGCUCUCAGUUAGGCAGGAAAUCCGGAAUUUUAAGGAGCAGCUGGCGGAGCCGGUAUACGAAGACUCCGCCCUUGAGUUCUGGGCCGCACAGGGUCCUGCCUACCAGACUCUAAAACCUUUUGCCUUAGCUCUCCAGGCUAUGCCAGCUUCGCAAGUGUUUGCUGAGCGAGUGUUUAGCGUCUCUGGUGACCUCGGUUGUGUACGCGGUCGACGCAGCAGAGCCAGGCUCAUUUUAGAGAGGGCCGCUUUUUUGAAGCUGAAUGGACAACCAUAGCUGUGUGUGUGUGUGUGUGUGUGUGUGUGUGUGUGUGUGUGUGUGUGUGUGUGUGUGUGUGUGUGUGUGUGUCUGUGUGUGUGCCUAAUUCUGCUAAUGAGCUGUUUGUAAUACUAGUGAUAUGCUGUGUAUGUUACUUUAUUGGAGACUUCACUGUACUGCAUAGCCCCAUCGGUUAUCAGGCCAAGUUUUUUUUUCAAACUUUAUCUUAUUGUGGUUAUUAUUAUUAUUAUUAGAAGUAGUAGUGGUAGCAGUAGCAUUUUUUAUUUUAUUUGUAGUGGAAAAUGUUAUGGUAAAGUCUAGUCACUGAGCUAAAUUAAAGGUGACAUAGAAUGGAAAUCAUUUUUGUCCUGGUUUUGAUUCAUUAGGAGAGGUUGUGCAUAACCAAAGAGCUACCAUAAACAUGAGGCAUGGUUUUGCCCUCCUUCAUAUAAAAAUCUUGAACUUAGAAAUAGCUACUAAAAAAAUGCCACUAAAAGCCAUUGAAGUUCAAUUGGGAUUGCUAAAGAGGGCGCCAUUUAAUCAAAAGGACCAUUUCAAUACCCAGCCAAAAUAUAAGGUUUCAAUUGGGCUUGUAAAAUUGCAAUUGAGUUUAUUUUUUAUAAAUCAAAGUUGAAUAUAUACUAUUUUAACAUCAGAGAACACAGUACAAUACUCGAUUCAUCCAUUCAUAUACAGUAUGUCCUCUUUAAGUCUGGUG